GGGAGGAGUUCGCGCACGCUCGGCAGAGCGGCGAGGGGCGAAGUACCGGGUGUGUAUAUGGAUGCUGGCUCCUGCGUUCUGAGGUCCGCCCGGCCUCUGCCUGGGAGUCCCCUCUCUCGCCGCCCGCGGGGCCCCUGCCGGGACGCUGGGAGCAGGAGAAGCCCCGCCGGGUGCGUUCCCCAGGCGGGCAGGGGAGCGGCCGGCGGCGGAGCGGCCGAGGAGGGAGCACGGACCGCGACAGCCCCGGCCUGCCUGACCCUCGAGGGGGUCGCUGUUGCCUCGCAGAUCCCUCCCUCGCUCGCUGCCUGCGUCCCUCCCUGCCGCUCCCGCCGCGUCCGUCUUUUGUUCGCGGAGCCGCGCGCCCCCGAGCCGAGGCGGCGGGGCGGGGAGCUGGCGGGGCUGCGCGGGGGGCGGGCCGCGCCGGGCGGAGCCGGGGCCCGGGCCGCAGCCGGACUCAGAGCCCGAGGGAGUGAGCGGCGUGUAGGCAGCCGGGGCCCGGGCACGCUCCGGGGGCGCGGCGAGGCCGAGGGGGCGGGCGCCGGGCGGAGCCGGAGCCGGAGCCGGGGUGCCUGGAGGCGAGCGGGCCGCUCUCUCCGAGCUCAGAGCAGCGGAGAGACAGUGCGGCGGGGGUCGGGGCCGGAGCACAGUCCUGGGGCUGAGGGGAGCCGAGAGGAGCCUCGGCCAGAGCGGCGGGAGCGGCGCCCGGACCCUCCCCAGGGGCGCGGGGGCCGGGCGGGCCCGGGCCAUGCGCGCCGCUCGCUGAGGCCGAGGGAGGCCGAGAUGGAGGCGCCCGCGGGGGAGCCUCUGGCCCGGGGCUGCGGCCCCCCGCCCGCACCCGCUCCAGAGAGGAAGAAGAGCCACCGCGCGCCAUCGCCGGCCCGGCCCAAGGACGUGGCCGGCUGGUCGCUGGCCAAGGGCCGCCGCGGCCCAGGCCCGGGCGCCGCAGCCGCCUGUAGCGCCGCGUCCUCCGCGCGGCCGGACAAGAAGGGGCGCACGGUGGUGCCCGGGGCGCGGGGCUCAGGGACGCGGGUGGCCGGGGUCCGUACCGGGGUGCGUGCCAAGGGCCGCCCGCGCCCGGGUACCGGGCCGCGACCGCCUCCACCUCCGCCCAGCCUCACGGACAGCAGCUCGGAGGUGUCGGACUGCGCGUCGGAAGAGGCGCGACUGCUGGGCCUGGAGCUGGCGCUGAGCAGCGACGCCGAGUCCGCGGCCGGGGGCCCGGCGGGGGCCCGCACCGGGCAGCCGCCCCAUGCCGCGCCGCCCGCACAGCAGGCCCCGCGGCCGCCCGCCUCCCCCGAUGAGCCAUCGGUAGCCGCGUCGUCGUUGGGAAGCAGCCGCCUGCCACUCAGUGCCUCGCUUGCCUUCUCUGACCUCACCGAGGAGAUGCUGGACUGCGGGCCCAGCGGCUUCGUGAGAGAGCUGGAGGAGCUGCGCUCGGAAAACGACUAUCUCAAGGAUGAGAUCGAGGAGCUGCGGGCAGAGAUGCUCGAGAUGCGGGACGUCUACAUGGAGGAGGAUGUGUACCAGCUGCAGGAGCUGCGCCAACAGCUGGACCAGGCCAGCAAGACCUGCCGCAUCCUACAGUACCGGCUGCGCAAGGCUGAGCGCCGCAGCCUCCGUGCCGCUCAGACCGGCCAGGUGGACGGUGAGCUCAUCCGGGGCCUGGAGCAGGACGUUAAGGUUUCAAAGGACAUCUCCGUGAGACUGCACAAGGAGCUUGAAGUGGUGGAAAAGAAACGGGUGCGGCUGGAGGAGGAGAACGAAGAGCUUCGGCAGCGGCUCAUCGAGACAGAGCUGGCGAAACAGGUGCUGCAGACAGAGCUGGAGCGGCCGAGAGAGCAUUCCUUGAAGAAAAGAGGAACCCGCUCCCUGGGGAAGACAGACAAGAAGCCUUCUGUGCAGGAGGACAGUGCGGACCUGAAGUGCCAGCUGCACUUCGCGAAGGAGGAGUCAGCCCUCAUGUGCAAGAAGCUCACCAAGCUCGUCAAGGAGAAUGACAGCAUGAAGGAGGAGCUGCUCAAGUACCGCUCGCUCUACGGCGAUCUGGACAGCGCCCUGUCAGCGGAAGAGCUGGCGGAUGCACCCCACUCGCGGGAGACUGAGCUGAAGGUGCAUCUGAAGCUGGUGGAGGAGGAGGCCAACCUGCUGAGCCGCCGCAUCGUGGAGCUGGAGGUGGAGAACCGGGGCCUGCGGGCCGAGAUGGACGACAUGAAGGAUCACGGUGGCGGUGGUGGGGGCCCAGAGGCGCGCCUGGCCUUCUCCGCGCUGGGUGGCAGCGAGUGCGGAGAGAGCUUGGCAGAGCUGCGGCGACACCUGCAGUUCGUGGAGGAGGAGGCCGAGCUGCUGCGGCGCUCCUCCGCCGAACUGGAGGACCAGAACAAGCUGCUGCUGAGCGAGCUGGCCAAGUACCGCUCCGAGCACGAGCUGGACGUGACGCUGUCGGAGGACAGCUGCUCCGUGCUCAGCGAGCCCUCGCAGGAGGAGCUGGCGGCGGCCAAACUGCAGAUCGGCGAGCUCAGUGGCAAGGUCAAGAAGCUCCAGUACGAGAACCGCGUGCUUCUGUCCAACCUUCAGCGCUGCGAUCUCGCCUCCUGCCACAGCACGCGGCCAAUGCUGGAGACAGACGCCGAGGCGGGGGACUCUGCCCAGUGCGUGCCUGCUGCCCUUGGCGAGGUCCAUGGCCCCCAUGCCACCCGGCUGUGUAGAGUCAGGGAGGCCGAGGCGCUGCCUGGGCUGAGGGAGCAGGCCGCCCUGGUCAGCAAGGCCAUCGACGUCUUGGUGGCUGAUGCCAAUGGCUUCUCUGCUGGCCUCCGCCUGUAUCUGGACAACGAGUGUGCCGACUUCCGGCUGCAUGAGGCCCCCGACAACAGCGAGGGUCCCAUGGACGCCAAGCUCAUCCACGCCAUCCUGGUGCGGCUGAGCAUGCUCCAACAGGAGCUCAACGCCUUCACGCGGAAGGCAGACACUGUCCUGGGGAGCUCUGUCAAGGAGCCGCCAGAGCCCUUUUCGUCGCUGCCCCCCUUGGGCUCCCAGGGGCCCUCCAAGGAGAUUCUGCUGGCCAAAGACCUUGGCUCCGACUUCCAGCCACCUGACUUCAGGGACCUGCCGGAAUGGGAGCCCAGGAUACGAGAGGCCUUCCGCACUGGUGACUUGGACUCCAAGCCCGACCCCAGCCGGAACUUCAGGCCUUACCGAGCUGAAGACAAUGAUUCCUACGCCUCUGAGAUCAAGGAGCUGCAGCUGGUGCUGGCUGAGGCCCAUGACAGCCUGCGGGGCCUGCAAGAGCAGCUCUCCCAGGAGCGGCAGCUACGCAAAGAGGAGGCUGACAACUUCAACCAGAAAAUGGUCCAGCUGAAGGAGGACCAGCAGAGGGCGCUCCUGAGGCGGGAGUUUGAGCUGCAGAGUCUGAGCCUCCAGCGAAGACUGGAGCAGAAAUUCUGGAGCCAGGAGAAGAACAUGCUGGUGCAGGAAUCUCAGCAGUUCAAGCACAACUUCCUGCUGCUCUUUAUGAAGCUCAGGUGGUUCCUCAAGCGCUGGCGGCAGGGCAAGGUUUUGCCCAGCGAGGGGGAUGACUUCCUUGAGGUAAAUAGCAUGAAGGAGCUGUACCUGCUGAUGGAGGAAGAGGAAUUAAAUGCCCAGCAUUCUGAUAACAAGACCUGCACAGGGGACAGCUGGACCCAAAACACGCCGAACGAGUACAUCAAGACACUGGCUGACAUGAAGGUGACGCUGAAGGAGCUGUGCUGGCUGCUCCGGGAUGAGCGCCGUGGGCUGACUGAGCUUCAGCAGCAGUUCGCCAAGGCCAAGGCCACCUGGGAGACGGAGCGGGCAGAGCUCAAGAGUCAUACCGCCCAGAUGGAGCUGAAGGCUGGGAAGGGCGCUGGGGAGCGGGCAGGGCCCGACUGGAAGGCAGCCCUACAGAGGGAGCGAGAGGAACAGCAGCACCUCCUGGCUGAGUCCUACAGCGCUGUUAUGGAGCUGACACGGCAGCUGCAAAUCAGCGAGCGCAACUGGAGCCAGGAGAAGUUGCAGCUGGUGGAGCGGCUUCAGAGUGAGAAGCAGCAAGUAGAGCAGCAGGUAAAGGAGCUGCAGAACCGCCUGAGCCAGCUGCAGAAGGCUGCUGACCCCUGGGUCCUAAAGCAUGCAGACCUGGAGAAGCAGGACAACAGCUGGAAAGAGACACACAGUGAGAAGAUCCACGACAAGGAGGCUGUUUCUGAAGCUGAGCUUGGGGGAACUGGCUUAAAGAGGACCAAAUCUGUUUCCUCCAUGUCUGAGUUUGAAAGUUUGCUUGACUGUUCCCCCUACCUUGCCGGUGAAGCCGCCCGGGGCAAGAAGCUGCCUAAUAACCCUGCCUUUGCCUUUGUGGGCACCCAGCCGGUGGACCCAGAGAAGGAUGCCCAGGCACAGCCACGGGACUGCAACCACCUGGGUGCCCUGGCCUGUCAGGACUCGGCAGGGAGGCAGAUGCAGCGUAGUUACACUGCCCCUGACAAGACGGGCAUCCGGGUGUACUAUAGCCCUCCAGUGGCCCGGCGCCUGGGUGUCCCCGUGGUCCACGACAGGGAGGGCAAGAUCGUCAUCGAGCCCGGCUUCCUCUUCACCACCGCCAAGCCCAAAGAGUCGGCCGAGGCCAACGGGCUGGCUGAGAGCUCCUACGGCCGGUGGCUCUGCAACUUCUCACGGCAGCGCCUGGACGGGGGCUCAGGGGCCGGCCCCUCGGCAGCCGGGCCAGGCUUCCCAGCGGCCCUGCACAACUUGGAAAUGUCGGGUAACAUGAGCGACGACAUGAAGGAGAUCACCAACUGUGUGCGCCAGGCCAUGCGUUCCGGCUCGCUGGAGAGGAAAGUGAAGAGCACGUCCAGCCAGACGGUGGGCCUGGCCAGUGUGGGCACCCAGACCAUCCGCACGGUCAGCGUGGGCCUGCAGACUGACCCGCCCCGCAGCAGCCUCCACAGCAAGAGCUGGUCACCCCGCAGCUCCUCGCUGGUGUCUGUGCGCAGCAAGCAGAUCUCCUCCUCCCUGGACAAGGUGCACUCGCGCAUCGAGCGGCCAUGCUGCUCGCCCAAGUACGGCUCGCCAAAGCUCCAGAGGCGGUCCGUGUCCAAGCUGGACGGCGCCAAGGACCGCAGCCUGUGGAACCUGCACCAGGGCAAGCAGAACGGCUCUGCGUGGGCCCGCUCCACCACCACGCGCGACAGCCCCGUGCUGAGGAACAUCAAUGACGGGCUGUCCAGCCUCUUCAGUGUGGUGGAGCACUCAGGGAGCACGGAGUCUGUCUGGAAACUGGGCAUGUCCGAGGCCCGGGCCAAGCCCGAGCCUCCCAAGUAUGGCAUCGUGCAGGAGUUCUUCCGCAACGUGUGUGGCCGGGCACCGAGUCCCACCUCGGUGGCGGCAGGGGAGGAGAGCGCCAAGAAGCCGGAGCCCCUCUCCCCAGCCAGCUAUCAUCAGCCGGAGGGCAUGGCCAGGAUCCUGAACAAGAAGGCAGCCAAGUCAGGCACCGGAGAGGAAGCCAGACUGUCUGUGCUCCCCCAGGUGGGGAAGGAUGGUCUCCUCCGCGAUGGAGAAGGAGCCCUGGUCCUUCCCAAUGAGGAUGCUGUUUGUGACUGUAGCUCCCAGUCUCUUACCUCCUGCUUCGCGCGGCCAUCCCGCUCGGCCGUCCGCCACUCUCCAUCCAAGUGCAGGCUGCACCCUUCAGAGUCCAGCUGGGGUGGGGAGGAGAGGGCACCGCCCCCCAGCGAGUGAAAAAGCAGCUGAGCUCCCCACCUCAACCAGCCCAGUCCAUGGAUAGCCGAAGGGAACCAGCGAAGGGAACCAACGGAGAGGAACCAACGGAGAGGAGGGCCGUGCCCUCUGCAUCACCUCGCCCUGGGGGAUAGCAGCUGCUCCACGGCUGAGAACAGCUCUUCCAUCCAGGUAAAGCGGGGUGUCCUGCUGACCACUGGGUGGCGAUCUCCGACUUCCCAGGGGAAGACAGUGAGUAGGAGAAAGAGCAAAACUGGGCUUCGGAAAGCAUCUCCAGAGAGAUCUGUUGGGAGCCUAUUCCGGGGUCCUAAAGGAGAGCAUUGCGUGAUUUUACCCACAGCCACUUCUCAGAAGAGCUGAGGAAAGGAUACACUUGUGGUCACACCCCUCGGGGAACGCUGGCAGAGAUGUUCCUUGCCAAUCACAGCCCCUUCAUGGGGAGGAAACACCAAUGAAAAGAACAGGCUUUGGCCUAGGGCUCAGCUUGGGGUUCCUGGUGGAGCUGGGCUGGGGAUGAUCCCCAUCCCUUCCUUCCCUCCUCCUCCCAGCCCUGCUGCUCUGGACCACCGUGACUCGAGGGGGUAUGAUAGGGCAGCAGCCAGAGCCAAGUGUUUGCUUGGAAUCCUGGUGCCCUGGAUCUCUCUGCCCAGAGCUUGGAUCCAGCAAGGACUGGAAAACGAGGUGGGAAUGUGUGGGUCUCGGGGUUGGGGAGCCCCUGGCACUGCCUCCCUUGCUAAGGUGACAACCUUCCUAGGAGAUUCCUUGAAGACAGAAAUAGGAAGCGUCUCUCCUAAGACCUGGUGCACAGAUACCUGCCUAAAUGCCCACUGCCUUGAUCACUGGGGCCUCUUUCCUGGCACCCUGGAGGGGCGCCACAUCUCCACUGUGUUUACAUCCUGCGGCUGGUGGAGGGCAAAGAUAUUCCCCAUCAGAGACUCCCAGCUGGCCAGGCCAGAUGGAGGAACACUCCAAAAGCCUGGUGCCCCAGGACGCAGCGGUAAACUAGGGCCUGGAAACAUUUCUUGCCUACGUUGUUUAUUUGAGUUUUUCUUACUAUAAUUAUUUAAGGUGGUUUUACUUUAUUUUAAUAAUUUAAUUUACCCCAAAGUCCCUAAGGUAAUUUAUUGGAGGUUGAGACAUUGUAUUCUUGCCACUGGGACAAUGCAAGGUUUCUAACAUGAUGGACAGGCAUGGGGUCCUCUAUAUGGAUGAGGCAGCUCAGCAGCCAAGCUCUGGUCUCCUGGUCAAGUUUAGGGCCCCUCCCCCAAGCAGAGCUGGAGUCCAAUCGCUUGCUCCCCAAACACCACUGACCAUUGGCCUCCGAGCACUGCUUUUCACUCGCACCUGGUACUUGCCCGGCACCUUUACAGUCAGCCUGCAAAUGCUUGCUGAUAGGCUGGAGGGCUGGACUGAUGUCACCACUUCUCAAACAUUCUCCAUUUCCCUUCUCCUUUUCCUCCCUUCCGCUGACACCUUUUUUUUUAUGAGUCAAACAUGGAUUACUUAGACUCUGUCAAGAGCACGGAGAUCCCGCCAAGUUCCCCAAGUGAGAAUUCGCAGGAAAACAGGACUGAACUUUGAGAAUGUUGUUUAUUGCAGCUUUGCACAUGGAUCUGAGAGUGUCUGCCAGCCUGCCUGAGUUCUCACCAGCCUGCCAGCCUUUUCACCAGCCUCUCUCCUUAGCCUUAUGGCCUCUCCUGGCUCUUCUCUCAGCCCCAACUCCACUGCCCACCCUUCCCCACAUUCCAAGCCGCUUAAGCCAUCAGAUGGAUUGCAACAUGGCUGAUUGCAGUGUGGUAAGGAAGCUUCAGGGGGCCUCCCCCUUGGCACCAGUGAACGCAUUUUGGUUGCACACAUGCCUCCCGCUACAGAUAGAUAGGUGGCCCUCCUAUCACUGGCUGAGGGCUUAGAGUGGAAAUGCCAGGAUGAAAUGGUUUGUCUGUGGAAUUCCCCAUCAGGAAGACCAAAAGCCAGCAGCUUUUCUAGUUUGUCCCCAGGACUCUGGAGAUGCCUCUGCACUCCCACCUACUCCUAGUUCUGCCCUGUCAGGGUCACCUGGGCCAGUUACCCAAAGCCCUUCAUCUCCAUUCCCUAGCGACCGAACAUCAGGGUCAUGUCUGACCAGUUACUUCCUCAUGCCAUAACGACUUGUAUGGGCGGGGCAGGUAGACCCAUGGGGCCAUGGACCAGCCUGCUCUGGGAUGCUGUGCUCCCACCCAAGAGCUCAAGGGGUCCUUUCAAGAUUAUCUCCAGGUGAGGGGAUUCACAACAACAGGCUACAAGCCACCAGAGGCCUUCUGCCACCUCCCUAAGCUCCAGAGGGCCAGGGAGUCUGCAUUCCCAGCCUUGGGGAGCAAUCCUCGUGAUACCUGAACCUGGCGGCCUAUGGACCACUCAGCCUUACCAUCGUCCUCGUCCAAGAUUGUCCUUGCCAUCCUCGUUGUCUCAGCGCCUGGAUGCCUGGCCCCCAGCCAGUGUCAGAGGCUCCGGAUCCAAAAGUCCCAGUUUCUACUUCCUGCAUGUCACUGUGCAAGGUCACUCACUGCUCUUCCUUUAGAAGCCUCUGGACCUGGGGCUCGAUGGGGUUGAAAAUGUUAUAUGUAAAUAUUGAUUUAGUUUGAGUUUUAGCAUUUUCAUUAGUAACUGGUUGUGUUUUCCUUUUGGGGGUGGGGGGAGAUUGGUUUGUAAAAACUCUCUACUCUUUUGGAAUGUAAUUUCUAAGUUUGUUUGUUUCUUCAAAUGCCUUUUAAGUCUUGGUAACAUUCCCAAAGCAGAAAACUGCCUGACCCACAGUGGGGAUUCCCCUGGAACAUGGGGGUCCCAGGAAGGAACACUGCCCUUCUUCCCUUUCUUUCCCUUCCUACUACCCCUCUACCGUUUUACUCCUGGCACCUUCCUCCUCCUCCUCCUCCUCCUCCUACUCUAUCCUUCUUCCACCUUUUCCCCAAUCUCUACUUUCUUCUACCAAAGUCCCAAGGAGCCCUGGGGUCCUAAUCCACUACAGAUCUAGACCGAGGCUUGGGUCCGUGGUGUUGGCACCACUUGGUUAGGAGGGGAAACGGAAGACCAGUUCGCAUGGUUGAUCCUAAAUGGGGCCACCUUAUGUUUCUUGUAUCAGACCUCUUUCCAGAGCCAAAUUAGAGCUUCCUGGGGGCCAUGAUGUCUGUAUCUGAAAUGAAACUCCUACCACUUGGGUGCAUGAGUGGUUCUAGACCCUGUACGCACAAGGCAUCAGAAUCCAACCAAUUCCUAGUCUCCCUGGCAGCCCCAUCCCCCCCAAUUCUUUCCACAGCAAAGGCUGACCAAUUUCAAAACACCUCCAAGAGGUCUUGCUUUCUAUGAACUCAAAAUGCACCCCCACCCCCACCCCCAUCCCCAGCCUCCCGAUACUCCUCUACAAGCUGCUCUCCCAGAUGACACAAACUUGACCCUCUUACACCCUGAUUGUCUCAUGGCUCCAUCAGGCCCGCCCCAUGCUCUUUUCACGGUUUCAUCACCCAGCCUGUUUUCCUCUUGCCCACCUAACUUCCAGGCCUUUUAGCUCUUCCUCCCAUCCAGAGUGUCUUCCCCUUUCAGCCUCACCAGCCCCCCAAGCUCCCACUACCUCUUUGUUAAUAAUAAUAAUGACCCCCCUGUACACUCCACCUGGAGAGCACUUUACUCUCUAGAAAUCGCUCCCCCAUCCCACGUCUUUUUCCAACCUCUCAGGGACAACCCUGGGAGGCAGCCUUGGGAGGACGGGGGUUGGUGCUCCCAUUUUGCCGAUAAGGAACCUGAGGUGCAGGUCUCAUCCCAGAGUCACCUAACUGGGAAGUCAUUGAGUCUAGACUAGAAUCUGGGUCCCCUGGAUCCCCCAGCCCAAACUCUGUCCUGCUGGCUCUGCACACUCACUGCCCCUCUGCGGGCUUUGUAUGGAUACAGGACACCCAGAACGUGCCACUGCCCAACCCAGACGUGAAAGCAGCCCACCCUGAAGCACUGGACCUGUGUGUCCCAGAGGGUGGUCUGGGGACCCCUUGCAUCAGAAUCCUCUGAGGGCUUUCCAAAAUGCAGCUUCCUGGGCCCCACCCAUACUUUCUGGGCCAGGAGCCUGCGCAUAUUUAACAAACCCCCAGGGAGAUGCUAAGCGCCAGUGGCCACACUGUGUUCACAGCCCUGACCAAUGAGGCCAUCUUUCUUUUAAUCAGUAACCAUGAUGCUGUAUUUAAAAAGAGCACUGUGCUGGGAAUUAGGGAGCCCUAGUCCUCAUCCCAGCUCUGAUUUGGUUUAAUAACCCUGAGAAUUUCCAGAAAGCCUCAGAGGCAUGCUACAACAGAAAUAGAAUCUUUUUAAAUCUUCGUUUAAAAAGACAACGUAAAUAUUGUAGAAAGUCAGAAAAACAAGAAUGAUCAUUCCCCAAAUUGAUCUGAUGUAAUUCUCAUAAUCAUGCAAUUAAAAUUUACUCUUUGCCACUGAAUUUCCAAAGUGUACCUAUUUUUUUUUUCUGCUGUGCUUCAAAUAAAUAGAUAAAAUAGUUAUAAAAAAAAAUCACUCUUGAGUUUCCUGGCAUUCAUGGUAAAAAGAGAAACACAUCAGGUUUCAUAACUCUCAUCUUCCAGGCAUGAAGCCAGCCUGUUUGCCCCAGGAUACAAUGCUUUGUGCUACUAAUUUAUAGCAUGCGUCCUUUCUGGAAAGACCACUAAGCCAGCGGGUAUUUGAAUAGGUAAACCUAUAAGGUGUAAGGAUAUUUUCCAGGUGACUAUUUAAAAUAAUAAUAAUAAUAAUAAACUGCCACCAACUUGAAUGACCUUGGCCUCCAAUCAUUUGGCUAUUCUGUGCCUCAGUUUCCCCAGUUAUAAAGUGGGGAGAAUGUCCUUCUACCUCCCGUGGCUGUGUUGAGGACCAAAUAUAAUACCGUGCCUGUGAGUCUCCUUGGAAAAGCAUUAAGGUCCUACACAAAUGUAAAGUAGUCUGAUCACACUCCUUGUCCCGAGGCCAGACCCUCGGUGACCUGGUCCUGGGGGUGACACCCUUCUCACCCCCCCUCAGUAGUCUUAGUGGAUAGAAAGUGGGCUGCAAGAUCAUCUGCAUAAGCCCCCUCACUUAUUUUUUUAAUUGUGGCAAAAUAUACUUAACAUAAAAGUUGCUAUUUUAGCCACUUUUCAGUACAUUCACAGUGUUGUGCAACCAUGAUCAAUAUCCAUUUCCAGAACUUUAAACUGAAAUUGUACCGAACACUCCCAUUCCCCCUGCCCUUGGCCCCUGCUAACUAACCUCUCUUCUACUUUCUGUCUAUGAAUUUGCCUAUUCUAGGUACCUCAUAUAAGUGGAAUCGUAAGCUCGUUGUACUUUUGUAUCAAACCCCUUCACUUUUUUAGAUGAGGAAUCAGGCUCAGAGAAGGAAGUGGCUUACCCAAGGUCACACAGCAAAGUAGAGGCAGAGCCAGGACCAGAACCCAGGUUUCCUGACUCCCACAAGGUUCUGCAUCCCCAAUGGCAAAGGAGACACCACUUUGCCAUUCUGUGAUCGGGGUUGAGCCUCUUCCGCUCUCUGCGCUGUCUGUCCCCUCCCCGCCUCUUCCCCAUGCUCUCUUUUAUCAUCUUCCUCCAAAGCUUCUCCACCUCCUGCCUCCUCUGCUCGUUCUUGCCAGCUGACCUAGUGGCCCUAGCCCAGGGCCACCUUUUCCUCUUCUUGGCCCCGGGCCUACUUGUAGCAUCCAUUCCUCAGCCCUCCCAGAUCGGGCCUCCCCAGCACGGCUCCCCUCCCAUGGAUUUCUCUGUAACCUCAGCACCCACUCACUGCUUCUUCAGGCUCACAUUCCCAUCCUAGUCCCAUCAGGGAAGUGCCCUCAGCUGUGGUCUCCCAACUCUGAGGUUUGCUUUCAGUUCUGGGGGUGUUUCCUGUGUUCUAUUUUAUUUCAUGUUUUCUCACACCAAAGGGGCACCUUUCCCCAACUCCUCAGGUGGCAUCAGCCCUGCCAUCCCCUCUCAUUGGGCUCGGCCUCAGUGACUCCCCUCCUCCCCCAGCCCAGAGACAUCCCCUAGUCCCACCCUGAGUCACAUGUCUUCUCUGUCCAUAGCUUCCCGGAAGGACUCCAGCAUUUUCUUUUGAGAGUGUGUAUGUGAUGGUGGGCCCUUGGACCCCCAUUCUGGCCUCCUCUACCCUGCCCAGUCCUGCAUGGCCUUGAUUAAGGAGAUGCAGCCUGGCUUGGGUUCUUUCUCCCUGGUCAUUUGUCCAUCUGUCUGUCCAUUUGACAUCCCACCAUCCUCUCUGCUGUCCCUUGGGCCUCACCGACUCCAGAACAGGUCAUCCUAGCAGAACCUGUAGCUGACCCUGUCUCUUUCGCUUACCCCUGCCAACACCAUUUGCAGUUUGCAAAGUCCACAGACCCAAGAAACAAAGGGGACAUGAUGCUGGGCCUGAGUCCCCUGCCCAAGGCUUCUUCCCACUCCUCCCUCACCCUCCUUGGACCCUCCCUUGUCUGUCCCAUUAACUCUGCUCCCCUCUCUUCCUGCCCUUCACCAGCCUUUGGGACUCCAGGCCCCAAGGAAAGGAGCUUCAUUUUCCUGUAAGCAUCCUUGAAGGGCCAAGGGAGUCGGACCUGGCUUCCUUGUUUACACUCCAUUCUGACACCACUCACACUAUUGGGUUGUCGGAAAAGUCAUGAGCAUUUUUGCAAUGAAAAGCAUUGAAAAAAUACGUCGUGACUUUUCCGACAACCCAAUAUACCCGUGAAGAGGAACUCAGCCAGGAGUCUGGAGACCUGACCCAGGUCUGCGCAGACCUCAUCUCUGAGUUAAGCUGGUUGUAUGGUUUUAUAAUUAACACCAGAUGAUCCCUAGGGCCCCAGGCACCCCUUGUGUUUUGGGGUCCUGUGUUACCAUCCUUUUUCCACUGGACCCUGGUAUCCUGGCUCCUGGUUUAGUUCUGCCCCUGAUCUCUGUGCCUUAGUUUACUUCUCUGCACAGGGGACUCACCACGAGACUAUUCCUGGUAGCUUUCCAGGCAUUUGGUGCCCCUAAGGGCUGGGCCUUGCCAGCUGUGGCCCGGCUUCCUGGCACUGCCUCGGGGCACCAGGUUGUUGAGGAUGAGAAGGUUAUCAAAGCAGCUAGGGCAUCACCUCGGAACUCGAUAGAAAUGCAAAGUAUUGGCACCACCUAAGACCUACAGAAUUCGAACUUCCGGCUUAGGGCCCAGCAAGCUGGUAUUUAACAAGCGCUCUGGGUGAUUCUGAUAUAAGAUGAGUUUGUCAACUGCUGACCAAUGUUAGCAAUUAGUGCAGCCCUGUGAGGGGCUGAGGCUGGCCCAGACCUGGAACAGGUGGGAAGCACCGACUCCCCGAUGCCUGAGAGACUGGGAACUCUCCCCACUUGCCCCCCAAGAUAAAACAAUCAAAACUAUUCUCUUCCUGGAAGCAGGAGGGCAGGAAGAAGGCAUACAUUUUUCCUUUCCCUGCCCCUGGCUUGGUUCCAGCUCUGCUCACCUUUCCCACUUACCUGGAUUUUGCAAAAGAUUGUGUAGGAUUGUGCCAGCCAGGCAGGGGGUGGGAGCCCUGUGGGGCAGGAGACAAAAGACCCUGACCAUUUAUUUGUCCCUUGGGAACCUCACCAUAGGCUCAUAGCCUCUCUUCAAUUGGAAAGAAACCAAACUCCUCAAGAAAAGAAUCCUAGAUCCCCAGUUCCUCCUUUUCCUCCUCCCACCUCCAGGGAGACCUUGUAGAUUGUGCCAAAAAAAAAAACAAAUGGCUCCAACCACUAGCGACUGAGGAAGAGAGCCAGAAGUUGUCCUUCUUUCUCAUCUGCCCCUCCCCCGCAACACCCACCAAUACUGUGAAGCCCCCUUCCUGCUCAGCCUGGUUUCCUGGUGAGGGUCCUGCAGUUGUGGGCCCUAGGGGACCCCCAGGGAAAGGCCUUGAGGAGGGAAGGGACCAAGGGCAUCCUUGGGCCAAAUUGUCCACCUCUCCUACUCACUGUCAUCUCCUCCCCGCUCUUGUCUUCAAAAGGCUCCUUCCCAGGAUGGAUUGGGUGCUAGGACGACUGUGGUCCUGUCCAUCAACUCUCCCUGCCGCCCACCCCGUGUCUUAUUUUGACAUGAGAAUAACUGUACAGUGUAAACUUACAAAGGGUUUUUAAUGGUUGUAGAUUGGAAAUAAAGUAUGUCAUAUGAACAGUU